AAAAAAAAAAAAAACUCUUCCACUAUCAGAGAGAAGUUAAGGAUGUGGAACUUAUUUGCCUUUUAAUGGUCCGUCCAUCGCCACCAAAAUAUAUGGAUGCAUAAGUGAGGGUUACCUGCACCUGUCUGAUCUAAAGAAGAAACAAAAUGAAAUCAACGCAUACCUAAAACAAGGUUUUAACAUAGGAGCUUCGAUUGGAUCGCUGGCAUUUUUCUUGCUACACAUAAAGAAAAAAAAAAUUUUGUUUAUAACUGGAGAUGCAGCCAUCGUAUGUGGAUCCGCAUUCCUCUUUCUUGCGAAGAAUACGGCCUCUUUGUCAGUUGGAAGGGGCCUUCUGGGGAUAGGGAUGGGCAUCGUUUGCCUCAGUGGCCCAAUGGCUGUUACAGAAAAUUUCUCCAAAAAACACCAACCAUGGAUUCUCUCGGUGGGGGGAGUAACCCUUCAGAUUGGACUAUAUACGGCGUUCCUAAUAUCCCUCUUCGACGUGCUCAAAUGGAAGAAUUUUUUCGUUAUUGAGGCUGUGCUAGCUAUUUUACAGGCCACGUUUGUAUUAUUAGCCCAUAAGGAGAACGAAGCAGACAUAACAUUUAAAGAACAGCUUGCUGAAUUUUUUAACAAAAAAAUUUUUAGAAACUCAAUUCUGCCCUCGCUCUUGGUUCAAUGUUGCUAUAUCUCCACCGGGUAUCCAAUGUUAGUGUCACAAGCUCAAAUUUACAUGAAAACCGAAGUGUUGAUGACCGCUGCAUUGCUGGCUUCAAUAUUCAGUUUGUUCAUGAUACACUUCCUUAAAAGAAGGCUAUUGACUCUAAGUUCAAUGACAAUCAUCAUCAUUAUAUUGGGGCUCUUGGCCCUAACAUCCCCAAAGCCGGGUUCAAACUGGGGGAAAGCACUGUUUCUAAUUUAUAUAGUUACUUUUACAGCAUUGAUUGCAAACCUGCCCAUUGUGUAUGCGUUUGAGUUGUUCCCUGAAAAAUUGAAGGGAUCGGGUAUUGGUGUCAUAGGAAUCCUGAACUGGGUUUCUAAUAUUUUGUUGAGUGAGGCUGUGGACAUGAAGAAGAUAUCGGUGCGCGGUCUCUGGACCUGUUUCUUUCUCUCCUUGUUUUCCGUUACGAUGGCUUCGUUCUUUAUGUUGGAAACCAAGUCGAGUGCGCCUGCAGAUACGGAAGAAGACGUGGCUUGAAGAUAAGGAUGUAAUAUUUGUUGCUUGAAAGAAAUUAUGUAAUUUCUUAUAUAACUAGUAUUUUCCUUUUGUGAUCCACCGUGUAACUUAUAAUGUGAUCCACUGUGUAAUGAUUUGUACGUAAAACUUCGAGUGGUUUGCUUUCCAAAAAA